ACCAAGGUAAGUAUUUCGAAACGGACUGAGUUUAAAAAGGAUGCAAUCUAUUAAAUCGUACACAAACGCAGGUCUAGUCGGAUUAGUAAACAUAAAAUUAAAGAAAUCAUGGGAUUCGAUGAAGAAGCAGUCGCACGCAAAAGACAAGGAUUACAGUUCCAAAAAAUCAUUUCGCUUAUUCAGUGUGGUGUAUCUCCGAUUCUGAUUAUUAUAGGAAUAGUCAUUCUAGCAACACAGGAUGGUGCAAGCUAUCCUAUAAUUGGUGCUUCACCUAUCUAUAUCGGAGUCUAUGGAAUUGUUAUUGGAUGCAUGGGAAUUAUAGCCAACUCCAUGGCUACAGAAUCUAUAACAACACAGGAAGAGACAGCUAAGCAAAGAACACUGUGGAAAGUUUUUUUUGGAUUGACUUGUGCUUCGUUUGGUAUACUGACGUAUCCUACAAUUGAAAAUAUUAGAGGCGCUACCAGUUGCGGUGGACACAAGAAGGAAUGUGGACAUUCACAUCAAGACACUUUGAUGGCGUUGUUUAUUGUGGCUGCCAUUCUGAUACAAGUGAUCAAUUUUUGCAACAUCAUUUUGUUAUCUACCUGGCGCAAAUUUCACGGAAAAACAUCGCACUGUCAAGGUCCAUGUGUUACAGCUACAAGUAAAACUUCUCCAAAAUAUACAUAGGGUAUGGACACAUACAUAUGAUACAAUUUGUAUUUUUAUUUCUCUUGUAUGGAGCAAAGAAAUGCGUCCGUUUUAUUCUCUUCACAAACAUCUAGAGCAAGGAUAAACACUCAAACUUUGAGCAUGUUGAGCGGGGGAGUACACCACUUAUAGAUUUAUGUUAUAUUAUGAAUUAUCGAUUAGCUAUCAUAAUUUUUAAUUAAAAAUUAAUAUAAUUAUUUGUUGUUGUGACACAUACGUAAUAGUUAGCUUCUCUUGACACUGUAAACUAAUGAAUGGUCUUUAUUUCUCCAGUAUAGAAAAAGAUAACAUUGUAUUGAACAUAUUCAAUAACAUCAAUAUUUCUGGAAAAUGUUAUUAUAGUUUUGUAUGACCUUUAUCAGUCAAGUUAAUAGUAUAGACUGUUAAGACUCAAAGUCCUGUUGAAAAUCAAAAAAACAAUCUUAAAAAUAACAACCCACAGGCACCCAGUUCCAUAUCAAAGCAGAGAUGUGUGGAAUAUAACAAUCUGUGUUAUUUCAGAUUAUUUAGAACUUAAAUUUUCUAGUGAACUUGAAAACACAAAAAAAAAACACCCAUUCUUCAUGGUGUUGUUCUCUGAAUUACUAUUUACUUGUAAAUAGGUUAAAAAAAGGUUUCAAUUAACUGAAAUCUGAUAAGUCUGGUGGUCCUUAUUUAAUAUUGAAUGAGUGUUUUUAAUAUUGUGCCUCUUCUAUGGUUCUUGUUAUUGUAAAACUUUUUAAUAAACUAUUACAAAGUUUGAAAUUUCCAAAAGUAUGGAAUCUUUCAUAUGAUUCUUUGAUUUUUAAACGAUUGUAAUAACCAAGUAGAGAGGUAUAUGUGUUUCAAGUUGCUUAUUUAAAUUAUUUAUUUUUUCUGCUGCAAAACAGAUUGAACAUAUUCAUAGAGUCAAACGAUUUACUGGGUGUCAAUCAAGGUGGUUCAAGAGAAGGAUAUAUUACAAGUGACCACAUGUUCAUUCUUAAAACUUUACAGCUUGAAACAUGGAAGUGCUUCUCAUUAUACUUCCAAUAUUUUUGUGUUUUAUUUGCUUAGCUUUUUGUACUUUGUGACUGCUGUGCUUUAGUGUUUUAUGUUGGUGCUUUAAUGUUGCUUUGAGUUUAGUGCUCAUGCAUGUAUAUAAUGUGUAGUAUUUAAAUUAGUCCAGCCUUGCCUAACUCUGCAUGACAUAUAUGUGCUGUCUUUUAUGCUUUGAUAUUAGUAUUGUCUAUUGUGUAAAUGUAUGUAUUUGUCGGUUAUAAACGACCAAAGAGCUUAUGUUAUUGUUUUGUGACAUGCCGACUUUGAAUAAAGCUUUUGAUUUGA